GAUGUCAUACAUGAUGUCAUAGAAUUCUGAGGACAGAAUCCCAGGAAGGAGUGACAGAAAAUGUAGCUCUGUUAGGUUACUGGCAAACAGAGCUAACAGACUCUCCAAUUAUCUCUCCAAGAGGCCACAGCAACGUCUGUCCCACUGGUCCUGAACGUGCUGCACUGACGCACCUGUGGUUUAUCAGCUGUUUUUCUGCUGCCAAGGUGUCUUCUUAAGCCCAUAGCCCGGGAGCACUGCUGGACGGAUCUCACCAAGAUGGCCGGCCCGGAGUCUCGGCCAGCCGGGCCCCAGGGAGGAGCACGCAGCGCCGACAGGCUGGGGCUGGACAGCGCCAGCUACGAGCUCUUCCUCAAGGCCUACGCGAGCAAGAGGAAGAAGAGGAGACCAGCCGAGACGGGAGCUCUGCCCUCUGCCAGGGUGCUCCCGAGGAGAGGCGGCGGGGAGCCGGACUGUGGGAGCGGGACAGCUGGAGGGCAGGAGACCGGGGACCCGCGAGACCGAGGAGGGGGGCCCGACACAGGCCCUGCGGGGGUCAGAGGCGGGGAAGGGGGCAAAGUUGUCAUACUGAGGAGGGUGGCCCCCAUAACCAAGCAGGAGAGGGGCGGCGGAGGGGCGGCGAAUGAGAAACCGCGUGCAGAGCCGCGCGCCAGCAGCAGAGAGGCCUUCCGAGCGCAGGCAGGCAGGGAGGCAGAGGGGCUCAGGGGGGAGGCCGGCGCCAGGGCCUUUCCUUCCAGAGGCCCGAGGCCGCGCCGCGAGGAAUGGAGACCGUACUCCGCCGCCAGCGCAGAGCUGCCGGCCCGGGCCGUCCUGUCCUCCGCGGGGCAGGGCCGGGGGCACUCCGGCGGCUUCCCGGGACGCUCGGAGAACAAGCCGGCCCACGGCGGGGGCGGCAGAAACUCGAGACGCCGGCCGGGGGGGGGACCAGACAGGGAGGAGCUCAGGGUCUGGCGCCCGGGGGCGACCUCCGCGGCGCCGUUCGAGGGCGGGCCCGGCCGGGAGCCACUCUGUUACAGCACCCUGCCGGCGGACGACGGGGUGCUGCCCUUCCGCAGGAAGAAGGCGGCGGCCGCCAUCUUGGGCGGCGCGUCCUGGGCCGACGACAAGUACUGGGCGUGCUGGGACGGCUGGGACGAGAUCAUCGACUGGGGGGACGGGGAGGAAAACACAGCGGAGGAUCGUGGGCCGCAGCAGGGGCUGGCGCCGGCAGAGGGCUGGGGGGAGACUCCCCGCCUGUCAGACAGCAGUCAAGAGGAGACUCUCCCUCCAGCGAAAGAUCAACCACCUCCUACACUGCAAGAGAAGCAUUCAGAAUCUCCCCCCCACCGGCUUCACAGAGUCCAGAGCUCAGGUCCCUGCACGGUCCUGGGACACCGUGUCCAAGAACACGUCUCCUCAGAUCCUCUUGCAGUGAGAAGAUCACAGAUGUUGGCAUUUUAACUGCUGUCCACCCGCUAUUGUGGGUACUGAAAAGAAUCCUAUAUCAAAAUGGCUGUCUGACACUAAUAAAUGAUGACUUCUAUGA